ACUUGAACCGUUUGUAAACAUGCUUCUUAAGAAAAGUUGCCUUCUCCCGUCGUUACCUGAUCGCCUGAUACGACCAGAUCUCCCGGAUUUUGAUAAAGUAGAGAAGAAUUAUGUUGCGCGAGAGAAUCAAAAGAGCCACUCUACCUCCGGCACAGGAGAAUAUAGAGAAAUUAGAGAAGGUUGUGAAUGAUGGCAAUUACUAUGGGGCUCAACAGAUGUACAAGUCUAUCAGUGCUCGGUAUAUAAUAGCUAAGAGAUAUUCUGAAGCAUUGGAUAUUCUCCAAUCAGGGUCAUGCCUUCAGUUGCAACAUGGCCAGGUAAUUUGUGGUGCAGAGCUCGCUGUGUUGUUUGUGGAGACUCUUGUCAAAGGGAAAUUUCCUUAUGAUGAUGAAAGCCUUGACCGUGUCAGGAAAAUCUACAAGAUGUUCCCUGAGGUUCCUGUGCCACAGCUGCUGGGCGAUGACGAUGACCUCCAAAAACUUUCUGAAGCCCUUGGGGAGGCAAAAACACGAGUAGACAGCUGUGCAUCGUUCUUAAAAGCAGCAAUUAAGUGGUCUGCAGAGUUUGGGGCUCAUAGUAAUGGAUCUCCAAAACUACAUGUCAUGCUAGCUGAAUACCUUUAUUAUCAAUCUCCUGAGUCGGACAUAGGUAGAGUAUCAUAUCAUUUUGUCAGAGGUGACAACCCAAAGAAGUUUGCUUCUACUUUACUCAAUUUUCUGGGCAAGUGUUAUACAGGAGAAGAUGAUAUAGCAAUUGCACGAGCAGUUCUGAUGUAUUUAUCUAUUGGUAACCUGAGAGAUGCUAAUAUUCUCUGGAAUGAAAUAAAGCAACUGGAUCUGGACUUUUCCUCUUCAGAUUUGAUUCAGUUUAUCACUUAUCUGUUGCUCACGCUGCAGAGAGAUGCUUUGCCUCUAUUUAAUAUGUUGAGAGUGACUUAUAAAUCAAGUCUAGCUAGAGAACCUGAAUUUAAUGAGUUGCUAGAUGAAAUCGCGGAGAAGUUUUAUGGAGUCCAGCGUCGGAAUCCCCUACAAGGGAUGUUUGGGGACAUCUUCAAGAUGAUGGGGUGAGCAUCAAUAUGAAGUUAUCACCGGCCUUCGACAGUUGAUGCUUCUUGCGGUGUCUGUUGUGCCAUUGAAAUGCAGUACUUCUUAAUCUUCUAUGAUGGAGAUGAUUAGCAAUCUUCCAUCUCCCACAAAUACGUGUACCAUGUUGAAUGUUUUGAUUGCAUGCCAGCUUGUGUUAUUAUUUUGAGAAAAUUGAAUUGUCCUGUAUCCUUUUCUUGUAUUGAUAAUUUAUAUUCAGCGAAGCUAUCCAGAAUAAAACAAGAAUGUGGUGUAGAAUUGCUUUAAGAUAUUUUGAAACAGGAGAAUAAUGAAAAAUUCCUCAGCAGCCAUCUCCCCGGAA